AUGGAGAGAAAAGAGCAAACUCUCGAUGAAGAAGAAGGAGAGGUGGGGAACAGCUGGCUUGGCGCGUCUGUUGACCGGUCAACGUUUAUGCAUACUCGUGGAACUAGGAGCAACAAGGACAUCCCGCUAGUGAAUUUGAGCAACGAACAGCUAGCUGAGUUAGAGCGAACGAGGCGGAAAGCAAGAGAUCCGGCAAUGAUGGAAAACGCCAAUGGACUUGUUCGUGAUGAUGAUGGAACCUGGAGAGACCGAGAGGGUCAUCUGUGCAAUGCGAGAGGCCAAAGGAUUGAUGGAGAUGGUAACAUCAUUCUACCAGCUCCUUUACCAGUGGAUGUUGUUGACCAGAAUCCACCACCUGCACCGCGUGGUAAUGCUGUGAUCGUUCCACAUCUGAGGAACGCUCCAGAAGAUCGGAAUGUAAGGGAACCUGCACCUGCAGCUGGACAUGGACGAACACUUGGAGACUACAACAGGCCUGAGCAGUUCUAUGAAAAUCGUUCUGCGAUUCGCGCUCCUGCGUUUCAAAGGAACGAUUUUGAGCUGAAGUCUGUGUACUACACUCUUUUGGAGCCAGGAUCACUCACCACUUGGGAGGAGACCAGGAACGCCUUCCUGCACAACUUCUUCGACGAUGCUAGGUCUGAGGAGUUGAGGACUAAGAUCUCGACUUUCUCUCAGGACCCUACUGAAGCGUUCAAGGCUUCUUGGGUGCGAUUCAAAUCGUACCAGCGAGACUGCCCUCACCAUGGCUUCAGCGAUGUGCAGUUGCUGGGUAUCUUUUUCAGAGGUAUCGACUGGAGAUACCCAGACGAAGCUGUUGAGCUCAUCAAAAACUUGGCAUCCAGCAAUAGCACCAAGAAUGCAGAUCUAGAGCGAAAGAAGCAAGCUGGGAACAUGGAUAGAUCGCAGAUCGCUGAGGUGAAAGCUAAACUUGAUUCUGUGCACAGCCUUUUAGUGGGUAAGAAAUCUGUCAGAUUCGCACAGGAGGUGGAGAGUUUCGAACCUGAGGAUGCAGCUGAGGAAGAGGAUGUCAACUUUGUCAGUGGAUCAGGAUUUCAGGGUCAGAGGUUUGGUAAUCAGCAAGGUAACAGAAGCUACAGUGGAAAUUACAGUGGAAACAAUCAGAGGAAUACCUUCAACAGUAAUCAGAACUUCUCUGGUUACACGCCUAAGCCUCAGUACCAGAAACCUUUUUCGAGCAACAGUUUUUCCAGAAACUACAGCACUCCUUCAUCUCAACCUCAAAAUCCUGACAAUGAGAUGAAGUCUAUGCUGGAACAGAUUCUGGAAGGUCAGCAGAAGCUCACCGUGGACUUUAAUGGGAAGAUGGAUGCUCUCUACCUCGAUCUGAAUGGAAAAAUCGAAGUUCUGAACACCCAUGUCAAGCAGCUCGAUACACAGGUAGCCCAAACUGCAGGUUCUGUUAAAAGGCAAGAGGGUUUUCUUCCUGGGAAGACUGACACCAAUCCAAGGCAUCACUGCAGUGCUAUCACGUUGAGGAGUGGUAAAAAUCUGAGUUCUGAGCCUACGAAGACGCCUCCUGCACCUGAAGUCGUGGACUUAGAAGAUUCUGAAGAAAUUCCUGAGAUUGCAGAGCCGGUGACGAGCGACACCAUCACUAGUGUCGCGCGUCACCAAUUGCAGAGCGAAGCUGUUGAUAUUCCGAAUCCGAAAUCUGCAGAGGAGAAAGUCUACAAACCUAAAGUUCCUUACCCAAGGAGCCCUAGGAAGUCCAAGCAAGAGCUUGAUGAUGCACGAUGCAAAGCUCUGAUGGAAAAGCUUGUGAUUGAGAUACCUUUGGUUGAUGCUGUAAAAAUCACUCCUGUCAUCAGACGUUAUGUGAAGCGAAUGGUAACCAAUAAUCUCAGCCAUGAACAGGGAGUGAUGAUGAUAUCUGAGCAAGUCAGUGCAGUGAUUCAGAACCGAAUUCCAGAGAAGCUUGUUAAUCUCAUGCCCUAUUCGGUAGCUGUCAAUCUCGGCAUGACUGAUUUCAAGCCAACAAGGAUCUCCCUCAUCCUAGCUGAUCGUUCGACAACGAUACCUGAAGGGGUGCUAGAAGAUGUUCCAAUCAAGGUUGGAGACUGCAUGAUACCGACUGACUUUGUGGUUUUGGAGUAUGGAGAGGAGCCUAAAGAUCCUCUUAUCCUUGGGAGACCUUUUCUAGCUACAGCAGGUGCUAUUAUCGAUGUCAGGAAAGGCAGGAUUGCUCUGAAUGUUGGAGAUCUGGUGAUGAACUUUGACAUGGACAAGCUGAUGAAGAAGCCCAGCAUCGAUGGUCAGACCUUCUAUGUCGAUACUCUCACAGAUAUCUUACUCAAAGAUGUUGGACUCCAGCGAGCAUGCGAUGCAGCUGGCAUCGCAGGUUGA